AUGAGAAAGCCAGCUGAACAAUGUGGGAGAGAAAAAGUUGGGAAUAAUAAUAAUGUUGCUAGCAAUGGAAUGACGGUGAAGGCUAGAAAGGGUUUGUGGUCACCUGAAGAAGAUGAGAAGUUGAUGAAUUAUAUGUUGAGGCAUGGACACGGUUGUUGGACCGAUAUUGCUAGGAAUGCUGGCCUUCAAAGGUGUGGAAAGAGUUGUCGUCUCCGUUGGAUCAAUUACUUGAGACCUGAUCUCAAACGGGGCGCUUUUUCUCCCCAAGAGCAAGAUAUAAUUACUCAUUUGCAUUCAAUUCUAGGCAAUAGGUGGUCGCAAAUAGCCGCUCAUCUUCCAGGAAGGACAGAUAAUGAGAUAAAAAACUUUUGGAAUUCGACGAUAAAGAAGAGGUUAAACACCAACAAAAGUGAUGUCUCCACGACAUCACCAAAUAAUAAUAGUGUUGGGAAUCCGUCUGGAGAAGCUUGUAGGGAUGUUAAUAAUGGAGGAGUUGAUCAUGUGUUCAUGUCAAUGCAUGACCAAGAUAUUAUGGACAUGAGCAUGGAUUCAUGUUUGACAUCUCCAACAACAACCACAUCAUCAUCCAUAUAUGAUAACAGUUUUAUCAUGAAAGGUUAUGAUCAAUUUGGUCAUAUGCCACACUUAGUUCUUGAUAACACUAGUAAUUGUCACACAACUAUUGGAUCAAGCUUCUCAAAUAUCUCAUCUUAUAACUUAGGUCAAGAUGGUUAUGGUGAUGUACUUGAGGUACCCUACAUGUUUGGGAUGGAAAGUGACAAUAAUACUAACAAUGCAUUGGUCAAUGGGAUCAUAGAAGAGGAUUAUAAAGUCGUUACUACCGACUAUCAUGAUUUGGAUCAAAAGUCAACCUAUGUUAACCACCAUUCGGAUAUUGAUGGAAAUGUCAAAUUGGAGGAAGCCGUAGGUUUUCAAAAUAAUUGGCAAGAAGAAAGCUUACGAAUCGGAGAAUGGGAUUUGGAGGGUUUUUUGUCUAAUGUUUCUUCAAUACCGUAUAUUGAUUUUUAGUAAAAGUUGUGAAUAUUUAUAUUCCAUAAAAGUAAGUAAAAGGGGGCUUAAAAUAAAGAUGAGGAGGGCCAAUUCAAUUGUAGCAUUUGUGUACACAAAAUAAAGGAGUGUUCUU